AUGGUAGGAGGAAAUUAUAAAUGCGGUGUUUGUGGCGGUAGUCUAAAAAAUGUCAAAUUACCCAACUAUGAUGAGAAGAAAGAUUUAAUAUUGCAUUACGAACUUUGUUAUGUCCCUAACAGUGAAAAUUAUAUCGGUCGUAAAACUCAAGAAUUUACUAUUAAAGAUGAAGAUGAUCCUAAACAAGUGAAAAAGUGUGCUGAUUGCCAGCAAAAGAAAAACAAUUUAGUAAGUAUAAAGGAAAAUAACAAAACGAUAAAGAUUUGUCUAGAAUGUAAGCAAAAAAGAGAAGGUGGAAAAGGUGAGAACAAGUGUGAAAAAUGUAAGAAAAGCACCCAAGAAGAACUUUUGAAAGUAGAAAAUCUUCGCACUAAACAAGUAUGGAAUGUUUGCGAUGAAUGCUUUAACGAAAAAUUACCUGGGAAUAAAAAAGACAAACCGACCGAUAAAGACCGAAAACCUAAAUCUGAUGAACUCUGCGAAAGAUGCGGAGUUUCUUGUAUAGUUCACAAAGAUAAGACUUCUUACACUAUUAAAAGGAGAAGAUACAUAAAGCAUAAAGUUGAUUUCACUCGUGAAAUAAAGUUGGCUUUUUGUUCUCCUUUAUGUCAUGUCACUUACCGAGAACUCAAAUGGGAAGAAGCCCAAAGAUUAACCCGAGUUGAAAUGAUGCCUCCUGAACUGGAUGUCGAAACUAAACAAAGGUUAAAUAACCAAAACCUUACACCGCAAGAAAGACAACAAUCCGAUUAUUUAAGGAACUUGCAACAGAAUACUUUACAGAAUGCCGAGAAUAAUUAUCAGUCUAGGUAUGGUGCUUUAAAUGAAGAUGGCUCAGAUAAAGGAAAGGGGAUGGGUGGAGGAAUGAUCGCCUUAAUUGCUAUUGGAAUAUUAGCCAUUAGUAGUAAUGCCGAUAGUAAAAUUAUCCAAGUAAUUCGCUACAUACAUAUUGGAGUUGCUGUUCUGAGCUUAACUUUUUUAGGACUAGCAGUUUAUUAUCUGAUUAAACUUCUAGAGGAUGAUGAGAGUAUAAUGAAUGUCGAAAGUAAUAACAAGCCUUCUGCUUUAGUAAUAGCAAAGUUUUUUCUUUCUUUGGAUUUAGAGAGAAAAUAUUUUGUCAAAGAUAAAAUGAAAGAAGUAGGGGGGGGUUCUGUGCCGAUGGCUGGUAAUCUUCGCCUUAAUAAACUAUUGCAAAUUACCCAAAUUCUUUAUGUCGCUAAAGAGGGAGAUUAUUUAUUUAACGAUAGGUUCUUGGCUUUUGAACACGGAGGAAUAAUUUAUGAAGUUUACCGACAGUUUCACUUUUUAGUUGAUAAUCAUCAUGCAACAUCAGUCAAAGGAAUAAAUUCUUCCCUAAAAAAUUUCUUGACUAAAAUCUACCGCUAUUUUAAACUUUACACUGACUAUCAACUAGAAGAUUCUCAAGUAUUAAAAACUGCAGAUAGUUCAGCAAUAGAAGUAGCAAAGUAUUUACUUUCUCUUGACACUAAAAAUGCUCGGGGUUUAAGAAAAUAUUUUACUCUGUUACUAAUAUCGUUUGGAGAAGAUCCCGACAGUAGUCAAACACGAGAGGGAAAUUUUCGUUUGAAUAAAAUACUUCACAUGUGCCAAAUAUUUUAUUGUGUUGAGUAUGGCAAACCUUUGUUUAGAGAAAGAAUGGAAGCUUAUGAAAAUGGAGCUAUUGUUUACGAAGUGCAUCUGGAUUUUAUGAAAUCAUGGAAUCUCCCUUCUUCUGAUUUGGUUACCGAUAUUAGCAAGGAAACUAAAAAUUUUGUUUGUUCAGUAUAUAAUUAUUUCCGUAAUAAUUAUGAGGAUGAUAACAAAGCAUUACGCGAAUUUUCACAUCAGGAUCCUGCUUGA